AUGAUUUUAAAUCUUGAAUUGAUAAGUUUAACAUUUCUUCUGGUCAUCUUGAGACCUACUUUUGGCUAUAAAUGUGAAUUUGAGGACAGUGAAUUUGUUGGUUACAUUUGUGGGCUCAAGCCAGAGCUAAGCAACGAUGGUGAACAGCAUGUGCCUGGUAAAAGUGACGAUGAUGUCAAAAGAGUCGAGUUUAAUGGAUAUUGGAACCAAAUCACACCUCUUACACAGUCAGCAGUUCCGAUUUGUGAAAGAUUUAAAAAUUUGGAGAUAAUCGACGUUCGAAAGAUGAAAAUUGAUGGAAAUUUCCUCAGAAAAUGUGGAAAUUUGAAGAAAAUUUACAUAAUUGACUCUGAAUUUUUUGGAGUUACUGAAAGUUUCCUAGCAGACAGUCCAAAGUUGAACACAAUAAUGAUGCGAAGCAACAAAAUGACAAAUUUAUCUGAGAACAUUUUCAUCAAUCAGAAGCAGCUUGUGGAACUGAACCUUAAUGGAAAUCAAAUCAGCUUUUUGCCGCCAAAUAUUUUUAAAACUUUGACCAGUCUUCGAUCGCUUGAUUUAAGCAACAACAAGCUUCAACUGCUAAAUAAAAAUUGGUUCAAAAAUUUGUCAAACUUGAGAGUUUUGAGCGUUGUAAGCAAUGGAAUUGCCGACUUACCUAAAAGUAUAUUCAACAGCUUACCCAGCAUAGAGCAAAUCUACUUAGAAAGUAACAAAUUAACAACAAUUCAUUCAGACUCAUUCGGAACUAAGAGCAAAUUGACAAUCAUUAAUCUUUAUGACAAUAAAGUCAAUGCUGUUGAUGAAAGACUGAUUGACAAUACAGCUGUGGAUGUGCUUAACAUGAGUAACAAUGUUUGCAGCAAGGACAACAUUCAAGAUCGAGUUGGAAUGAAAGUGAAGCUGAAAAAGUGUUUUGAUAAUUAUCGACCUAGAAUGUAGACAUAGAAGUCUUGAUUGGUGAGUGUGACUAGUGGCUGGAUUGGUAUCUUGGGGGUGUUUGUAGAGGACUGGAUGCUUACAUUUGGAAAUAAUUUUUAUUUGAGGCUUUAGUGCCCGAUUUCAAGGGUUAUCCAGAACAUU